AUGGGUACAGGCCGCGGCAGGCCGGCACCUUGGCAGCGGCGCUUUCGCAUCGGUGUGGGAGUUGCGGCUCACGCCUCCGCAGAGGUCUGGGGAUCUGGCUGUGUUGAAGCACUUCCCAAAGGUCGACGCAGCUGUUGCUGCCUUCUUCGGCCAAUCUCUCUUAGGACAUGUGGACAGCCUUCAGAUGUGUCUCGCAAGCUUGUGCUUGCUCGCGACGGGUCAGGACAGCACCAGCAGCAAUGGGACAAAGAGAGAGCGGUGGGUGCCAGGCUGUCUGAUGGCCCACAGCACGAGGGCUUGGGCCACGUGGUGACCUUGCUUUCGUCAGAGCCCCGCUUCGUGGAGGAGGAUGCAGAGGCGAACUCCGAGCUUAUGCUGGUGCUGGAGCAUGCGGGGCAGCCGCUGGAUUCAAGUCCCAGGCUGGAAACCCUGGAUGUGCCGUCGCGGUGUGAUGUCGUCGACCAACUGUUGAGUGCUGUGAAACUUCUUCGGCUCAAUGGCAUCAUCCACGCAGACAUCUCUGCGGGCAAUUGCUGUCUGGAUGACGCCGGCUGUGCUCGGUUGGUGGAUUUCGGCAAUUCUCUGCUGGUAAGCUCAACUCGGCGCGCUGCGGCCUGUCAGCCCUUGGAGCAGUUUCGUGCACGCUACGUGCACCACCGGCGCUUCCCGUGCUGCGAGCGAUACUCGUAUCCGCUGUCCAUUCGACGUUUGGUUGAGGAGAUUGAGCAACCGAACGCCAUAGAUGUCUAUACCAGCAGGUAUGAUGUGGAGGCAUUUCCUGGCAACCUGGCAGCGAUGCCCCCUGAGAUUCUGCGUGGUCUCAUAGUACCAGGAGCCAGUGAUGUGUAUGGCCUUGGGAUACUUUUGUGGUGGCUGCUCACUGGCCAGGAGACGCCCUUCCAUGUAAACGUGGAGGUCGACCGGGUGUCUUUUCCAGGCUGGGCCCACUUCUACCGCAGCACGGCCGAUGUCCAGAUGGAGGAGCUCCGAAGCAGCUUGGCACGUGCGACUCCCACGAUGCCCGAGCCGUUCCAAAGUGAGGUGGUCAGGUGGCUUCGGAGUGCGCUGGCCGAAGCUCCCGAAGACCGGGUUUGGGCCGCGAGCCACCCCAUCUUGGGCCAGGUGAAAGAGAGCGCGAUUGUCAAGUUUUGCAAGAGUCGUGCUCGAGUGCUGCUUAGCCACGCUUCUCGCAAGGUGCUGCCUCCACAGCUGCGCAGUAUCUACGGUGAGAUCACCGCCGUCGGCGCUCGGCGUGUGGCUCGGUGCCUGGGCCGUUGCCCGGGCAGGGCCGUCGCCGAGUUGGGCAGCGGCGCUGGUCGCUGCGCGUUGUCGUUGCUCCAGCACAUGCAGGCCUCGAUCGUGGCGGUGGAGUUGAUGGCUGCGCGCCAUGAAGCUGCGGUGCUCGCAGCUGCUCGCUGCUUGGAGGACUGGGUACGACUGGAUACCAAGGGCGGCGCCACUUGGCUACGCCGGAACCGAAGCUUUCGCCUCGUCCAUGGGGACAUACUGGAGACCUGGCGCGACUGGUGCCACGUCACGGCAGUCUUUACCAGCUCAUUGUGCUUCCCAGAUCGGGUGAUGAGCACACUUUCCAGGCAGUUUGAUGAGUGCAAGUUGCUGCAGCGCGUGGCCACCUUGCAGAUGCUUCCCCAUGCGCAGACGUUCAGCCUGGAAGAGGUGGUGUACUGUCCAAUGUCCUGGAAGCCUGCAGGCAGCGCUGUCUACAUCUACGAGCGAUUGCCGGCAUAUCCACUGUACCGAGUUCUCCUGGAAGAGCCUUUAGCAAGCCUCGCCCGCACGACGGAGGACAGCUCUGAUCCACCAGGAGCGCGCAAGCAAUCACUCAUAUGA